UUGGAAAUUUUUUUUUAAAUACCAAUUUUAAAUAACUCAUGGGUCAAAAAAGUAAACAAAAUUAAUAUAGAUUCUUUAGACAUUAAGAGUAAUGAAAAUAUUGCACACAGAAUCUAUGGUGUUUUAAAGCAGUACUCAGAGGGAAAUUUGUAGCCUUAAAUGUUUUUAUUCAUUUAAAAAGAAUGAAAAUUAAUAAGCUAAGCACUCAAGGGUAGAAAAAGAAAAGAUAAAAUUAGAAAUUAACAAGGGAAAAAGAACAGUACUUGAUAAAUAAAUUGAAGAGCUCAUUCUUCAUAAAUGAAAUAAGACUAAAAUAGAUACAUUUCUGGCAAAAAAAAAAAAAACCUAAAGGACAUUCUCUUGGAUGUCUUAUAAUUUGAAUUUAGUUCAUCAAAUCUCUGAUUUUCCCCUAAAAUACUUGUUUCUUUAUCAGUCUUAUAUCUCAAUAAAUUAUACAGCCAUUCAAAACUCAGAAGUUAUCUUUGACACCUCCAUCAACCUCACUCCCCAUAUUCAAUCCAAUAUUGGGGUAUGUCUCUUCUAUCUCUAGUGAACUUCUAUAGAAGUCAUCACCUCAACAUUCUCCCCUUCCUUUUCUCUAUUUAAAACUGCCCCUCACUCACUCAAGACUACUUUUUCUUUUGGUUUUUCUCUUUUUCUUUCUUUGCUUUCUGAUGCCCUUCAUUGCUCCUAUUUUGUCCUCAGGUGCAGAGAUCUGAGCGACUUAUACUAUUUGGUUCACAUUAUCAUCAACAAGACCUUUCUCGUUUUAUCUUUUUCCCUUCAUUCCAGUUCCCACUCGUGUUCCUAACUUCCUCACUUAGGUCACCACUCUAAUAUGUAUGAAAUAUGUCCUUGGAUAUACAUCUUUGAAUAAUAUGUAGUGUUUUGUGUAUGUAUGUUUUAAAUGUACAUAAUUGAUACUGUGUUAUAGAAAUCAUUGUUUCUUUUUCAUGUUUCUAUAAAUACUUCUGACUAUUGCAUAGUAUGGUCUUAAAGGACCUCAUACCCUGUGGCACUGGUCCUAGGCCAAGAUGGGCCAAUCAAAGUCCUUCUUACCCAGAACUUUUUGAACUGAAACUAAGAAAAAAAGAAAAUUUCUCCAGUGUGGAAGCCAUAAAUGUAAAACACAGGAGCUGUCAGCAGUCAUGCAUCCUACCAUGUGGAUCCAGCUGGUCUGCAAAGAAAGAGAAUGAAGCUGACAUGCAGAAAGCAGUAGAGAUAGUGUGAAUGUUUGGAGAAUGAACAAUAAAACUAUUAGAUCUUUGGAAGAAUUUAUGUGUGAGAAAGCCAAUAAAUUUUAGAGAGAGUAAUCAGGGAAGAACAUUAAUACAAUGAACAACUAGAAAAGGAAUUGGCAGUCUGAUCAAUGGAACAAAAUGUGAAGUCCAGAAAACGCCCUAGCAUUAAUAGAAAUUUAAUUGAUACAUGUGGCAUUCCAGAGGAAAAAGACAAUUUGGUAAAAAUGAUAAGCAAAGGUGAAGGAAAUUGGACAUUUCUUAGAAACUGCUGCUGGGAGUAUAAAUUGGAGUAAUCUACAACUCUUCUGGAAGUCAUUUUGGCAAACCAUGUGUGCACAGUACUGCAUCUCCUUUGCUGAUGUUGAAAAAGCUCAUAUCAACAUCCGAGAUUUUAUCAACCUCACACCAGUGUUAACAAGCUCCAUUUUGAAUCAAGUAACAGGGCGCAAUCUUUUCUUCAAAUGUGAACUCUUCCAGAAAACUGGAUCUUUUAAGAUUCGUGGUGCCCUCAAUGCAAUCAGAGGCUUGAUUCCUACCACUUCAGAAGAGAAACCCAAAGCUGUUGUUACUCACAGCAGUGGAAACCAUGGCCAGGCUCUAGCCUAUGUUGCCAAAUUGGAAGGGAUUCCUGCUUAUAUUGUGGUGCCCCAAACAGCUCCCAACUGUAAAAAACUGGCAAUUCAAGCCUAUGGAGCCUCUAUUGUGUACAGUGAACCAAGUGAUGAGUCCAGAGAAAAUGUUACAGAAAGAAUUCUGGAAGAAACAGAAGGCAUCAUCGUACAUCCUAACCAGGAACCUGCAGUGAUAGCUGGGCAAGGGACAAUUGCCAUGGAAGUGCUAAACCAGGUUCCCUUGGUAGAUGCACUGGUGGUACCUGUAGGAGGAGGAGGAAUGGUUGCUGGAAUAGCAAUUACAGUUAAGGCUCUGAGACCUAGUGUGAAGGUAUAUGCUGCCGAACCCUUGAAUGCAGAUGACUGCUACCAGUCCAAGCUGAAAGGGGAACUGACCCCCAAUCCCUGUCCUCCAGAAACCAUAGCAGAUGGUGUCAAAUCCAGCAUUGGCUUAAACACCUGGCCUAUUAUAAGGGACCUUGUGGAUGAUGUCUUCAUUGUCACAGAGGAUGAAAUUAAGUAUGCAACCCAGCUGGUGUGGGAGAGGAUGAAACUGCUUAUUGAACCUACAGCUGGUGUUGGAGUGGCUGCUGUGCUGUCUCAACAUUUUCAAACAGUUUCCCCAGAAGUAAAGAACAUUUGUAUUGUGCUCAGUGGUGGAAAUGUAGACUUAACCUCCGUAACCUGGGUGAAGCAGGCUGAAAGGCCAUCUCCUUAUCAAUCUGUUUCUGUUUAAUUUACGCAUAAGGAAGAAAUGGGAUUCCGUGUCUCUAAAACAUUUGGAAUUUUUGUUUCCUAGUCACUGUCAACUUCCCAUCUUACUCUCUUAAACAGCUUUCAAAAUCCUAA